AUGGCUCUCUCAUUCCACAAGGUCGCCAUUGCUCCCGUCAUCACGGGCCUCAAGAACGCACACUUCUUCAUCAACAAGGGCUACGAGCACGCCAAAGCCACCGACCCCAAUGACUUCCUCACUGCGUCUAUCCACCCAGACAUGAAGGACUUCCGCUACCAGGUCUACCGUUUCACCGACGCCGCCAAGUUCAUUCCUUCUCGCGUGAACCCCGCCUUGGAAGGCAUGACUCUGCCCGACGAGGAGCAGACCUUCCCCGAGUUACUGGCUCGCGUUGAGAAAACCAUCAAGUACCUUGAGGGCUUCUCGGAGAAGGACUUCGAGGGUAAGCAUGAUGACGAGGUUGUCGUCAAGUUUGGCGGUGUCAAGCAGAUGAGGCUGCCAGCGCUGGAUUAUGUCACAAAGUUUGCGCAUCCGAACAUGUGGUUCCACAUCGUGACUGCGUAUGACAUACUGAGGAUGAAGGGCGUUGAUGUUGGAAAGAUGGAUUUCUUGAACGGUACGGGCGCCAUUAAGAUCGAGGACGUUUCGCAGUAG